AUGGGUAAGAUUCAAUUCUUUGAGGAGGACAACCCAAGGCAGACAGCUGUAGCGAAGCCAACCACAGCCUCAAUUAAAAGUUCUAGAUAUUUGAGUAUAAAUCAUAACCAGGUAGCCAGCAUUCCUAGAGACCUUUGGUUCCUUGAGGAUCUUUCUGAACUUCAGCUUAUCUAUAAUUGGCUCAUUUGCAUAUCUGAGGAGAUUAAGUUCUUGAAGAUGCUCCAGAAACUUCUGGUCAGGAACAACAUUGAUGUUCUGCUGGAGGGAUUUUGUGAUCUUAUAAGCCUAAGAAUCCUAAACAUUGCUGGAAAUAUUAUUCAGAUAUUUCCACCAGGAUUAAGUAGAUUUCAGGAUCUGAAGCUGAGGGAAUUCUACUUUGAGGGAAACCCACUGUUUCUGAAGCAGACUGUUAAUGCUAUGAAACAAGAGGAGGUCUGGAGUCUAUAGGAAAUAACAUCAAGAUUUGUAAUGAAUCAGCUAGCAGAAAAGAAUCAUUUCUCAAUGCAGGCCAUAGGAUGGUACCCACAGGUCAGAACAAUCUCUCAAGGAAGAAAAUGUGCAAUAUGUGGAAAGUAAUUUUUAACCAUAUGGCUGGAAUGUGUUGAAUUUGUUCCUGCAUCAAAAAACUGGAAGAUAAGCAGAAAUCUACAGCUGGUAUCGCCUCAAAUAUUAAUUUGUUCUUACAAAUGUUUUAAUCAAUGGCCAAACCUGUUUGGAAUUACUCAAGUGUAG